AUGUCCUCCCUCUGGAGCCGGAAACGCGACCUAACCUACUUCGGGUUCUUUGCAAUCCACAUUCCCAUCAUCUUCUUGGUUGAUGCUGUCCCUGUCCUUCCAGGCCUGCUUGACAACGCCCUCUCACGCCAAUUACGCGAUUUCUACAUCGCCACAUACCGGGACAAGUUCUUCGAGGGCCCUGUUCCCGCAUGGUUCACCUCCUAUACAUGGAUGGAAAUAUUGUACCAUGUCCCACUGAGUAUCUGGGCCCUCGGCGCUCUCUUACGAGAUGAUCCUUUGGUUCCCGUCCAGUUGCUCGUUUUUGGGUUCCAGUCGUUCCUCACAUCCUGGACCUGUCUUUGCGAGGUCUGGGCAUGGGAGGAUCGCACCGUUGCUGAAAAGCAAAACCUCACCACGCUUUAUGGCCCAUAUGUCGCCCUUGGGGCGUUUAUGACAUUGGAUAUGUUCUGGCGGCUUCGGGCGAGGCUUCUAAACAAACCAAAACGAGAGUAA